GGCGAUAAAAGCAGCGGUGACUCGCUCCGAUCGGCCGCUGUCGGCACGGUUUUGGCGGGGAAGAGAUGACGGUGACGGAGGCUGAUGAGGGCCGCGAGGCGGGUGAGGAUUACCGUUCGUGGAAGGUGAACACCCCUAUUCUAUACGACCUCGUCAUCUCCCACCCCCUCAGGUGGCCCUCCCUCACAGUCCGAUGGCUCCCGGGCUCGUCGCCGUCUUCCUCCUCCGGAAGCAGCCGCGUCGGCGCCACCCACCGCCUCCUCCUCGGCAGUCACACCUCCGACUACGCUCCUAACUUCUUCAUGACCGCCGACGUGCUUUUCCCCCUCCCUCCCGAGGCCCAUCCCGGCGCGCCGCUCCCCAAGGUCGAGAUCUCGCAGACCAUCCCUCAUCACGGGAAGGUCAAUCGCGCCCGAUUCAUGCCGCAGAGACCAUCGGUUGUAGCCACCAUGACCCAAGACGCGGAGGUUCACGUGUUCGACUGCGAGCGGCGGCCACUGAGGCCGGUCGAGGGGGAGGAGAGUGGUCCGGACGUCGUCUUGAGGGGCCUCUCCAAGGAGGGAUAUGGGAUCUCGUGGAGUCCGCACAAGGAGGGCUUUCUCUUGUGCGGAUCGUAUGAUUCCAAGAUCUGUCUGUGGGAUGUGGGAAUGAUGCCGGAAGAGAAGAUUCUUGAUGCAAGAUACCUGUUUGAGGCCCAUACUGAUUCUGUUGAGGAUGUUGCUUGGCACUUGAAGAAUGAAAACAUGUUUGGGUCCGUUGGGAAUGACCAUCUUUUGAUGAUUUGGGACGUUCGCUCAUCGGCAUCUGGAAAGCCACAACAGUCAUUAAAAGCCCAUGAAAAUGAGGUCAAUUCACUAUCAUUUAAUCCGUUUAAUGACUGGAUUUUGGCAACAGCGUCUAAAGACAGUACAGUUAACCUAUUUGACCUUCGGAAGCUCGCUACAAGUUUACAUACAUGUUUGAGUCAUGUAGGAUCUGUUGUUCAAGUGGAAUGGAGCCCCAGUCAUGAAACUAUUUUUGCUACCUCUGCUACUGACAAAAGGCUGAUAAUUUGGGACCUUAACCGGAUUGGGGAUGAACAGACUGCCGACGAAGCCGUCUUUGGGCCGCCAGAGGCGUUCUUUGUUCACGCCGGUCACACUGCAAAGAUCUCAGAAUUCUCAUGGAACCCCGAGGAGCCUUGGGUCAUUGCUAGUGUGGCCGACGACAAUAUUCUUCAGGUAUGGCAGAUGGCUGAGAGAUACCGAGAUGACGGCAGCAAUGAUCAUCGUUGACUGACGAGCAUGCUUAUUGUAUGCCUAAUGAGUUUAAAUUUGAACAUAUCAAAUCCUCAUGGUGAGUCUGAGGCAAAUCUUUCUGUUCAAGUUUUUGUGAGCUGGUAUUAUAGUCCGAGUUAGUCUUAUUUGACUAAAACAGACCAUGUGGCUUUAAUACAGAAGCUAAUUGUUCUAUGAGAAUGAACAAUUUGGUUGAGCUA